AUGUCGGAUCACAUCUCAGACCGCGGAAGGUCACCGCCGACCUCGUCGGAUCCGACGCAGAACUUCAACUACCCCUACGCUGCCGCUCCGGACAUCAUUCGCUCGAAUCAAAAGGACGCCUACUUCCAAUCAGUACUUCUCACCCAGCUCUCGUCUGUGAUCCGGUCUCUCUACGGGACAAGAGCGGAGCACAAAUGGACGAAUGAGGCCUCCGUCUUCACGGAACUGCUCUACCUCUCCUUGACAACACUCAUCGGCAAUCGCACACUCGGGGAGGAAUACUGUGAUCUCGUCCAAAUAUCGGUGCCUGAGCACUCUCUUCCGUCCCUCCUCCGCCGUUCUGGCUACAUAAUUUCCUCGGUUCUCCUCCCCUACCUCCUUGCCCACUUCCUCCCAGCCCUACGUCGCCGGCUUCGCGCCAAGCUCGAGGUCAAACUCCGCAAGGCUCAUCAUCGCCGAGUCUCAUCUCCUUCGCGGAUGAAAGCACCACCGACCAAGCGUGCCCAGUUCCAAGACUACCUCCUCAAACACCUCGAUACCCUCACCUCGCCGGCUCCGGUCUACGCCGUCAGCCUCGCCGUGUUCUACUUCUCCGGAGCCUACUACCAACUUUCGAAGCGCCUCUUCGGUCUCCGCUAUGUCUUCACGCGGAAAUUGACCGAAUCCGAUCAACGUGCGGGCUACGAAGUUCUGGGCUUCCUACUCGUCGUGCAGAUGGUCGUGCAAGGCUACCUGCAUAUCAAUAGCACCUACCAACAAGUCCAGACCGACCAGUCUUCCAGUCUGACCGGCAGCGCCAUCGACGAGGACGGCGAAACCGCCACGGAAAACGCUUUUGCGACACCUCUUCUCUUCGAACCUGCGCCGGCUUCACUCCGCGGCAAUGACCCCGAAGUAAUCAAACGCCGCGUUGCACAGGUCACGCACACGCCGCUAGUGACGGACGGCAAGGGCAAAGCUUCGCAUCGGGAGGACUUGUCGAAUGAAGAGGUCAUGCAGUGGAUCCCAACGGAGCAACAGAGGAAGUGCACAUUGUGCCUGGAGCCGAUGAAGGAUCCGAGUAUUACGACGUGUGGGCAUUGUUUCUGCUGGACUUGUGUGACGGAGUGGUUGAGGGAACAGCCUAUGUGUCCUUUGUGUAGGCAGCCGGCGGCUGUGCAGCACGUUUUGCCUUUGAGAGGGUGA